CUGUAUUGAUUUAGCGCUAGCCUGAGGAAAUUCGCAUUAUCUCCCGGUAAUUUUGGCAGGACUAAAGUGUGACCAAAGUUAUCAGAUUAGAUUUUUAUUGAGAUAUCGAUUGUGUUUAGAUUGACGUUAGUGUAAAACUGAACUCUCUGAGGUAAAAUGUUUUAUUAUCCUAACGUGCUUCAACGCCACACCGGUUGCUUCUCAACUAUCUGGUUGGCUGCUACUAAAGGCAUCAGGAUUUCCAGAAGAGAUUAUCUAAAGGUCAACGUCAGAAGAACAUGUGAGGACAUUGUGGAUUAUGUGAUGGUCCAGGUUCCUCCAGUCCAUCCCAGUCUUCCCCGGCCCCGUUUUUCUCUUUACCUGUCUUCUCAGCUUCAGUAUGGUGUAAUCAUUGUCUACCAUCGCCAGUGUGCUUUUCUGCUGGAGGAGGUCCAGCAGACCAUCGAGCGACUGCUUCGCUCAAAGAGACACUUGAACAUUGACAUGCCAGACAAUGAUAGGUUGGUGCUGAAUGUCCCUGACUCCCUGUUCCAGCUGGAGGAGGCAGAAUGGGCACUGGAGCCAUUUUUUGGAGUGAUGGGAGUUGAUUGUGUUCCUAGUCCUUGCUUGUCCUCUCAGUUUAUGAGUGCAUCAUCUCCUCUGACACACACAAAGGAAAUUACAUCACCUAAAGGGCUUGUUGCUUCUCCUGAAACAAUCACAAUCAAAGACGCAGAGUUGGUGCCUGUUCUAGCAGCUGAGUUUGGUGGGGCAGAGUUGCCUGAAGCCACAGCUCAUGAGAUCGACUUGCUCAUGGAACAGCAAGAUCAGUUCCAUCUUGAGGAUGAAGAUAAAGAAAGAGAAAGGGUGGCAGAUGCAGAGAAAUCAGGAAGUCUCGAUCCUGCAAUGGUCUCUAUAGAACAACUGAAGAACAGCGAGUGCCUUAUGGAUGAAGGUAAUGGACGUUUUACAGAGGUCACCUUAGACCGAGUCGCUUUAGAGAUGACGCCUCCCCCAAUCACUAUGACAACAACCACGGACGCCAGCGAGAGAGAUGUGGAGAUGGAGUCCAGUGAGACUCUCACAGCCGAGCAAUCUGUGCCUCUGAAGAGACGAGGUCGCAAAAGGCAACUGAUUUUCGCCGACCAAAACACACAGAUUUCCCAGGAUGCAAUGCGACAACAAAUCAACAACCCUCUGACUGAAACUCAAUCUCUGUCUGAUGUGCUCCAAAGUAUCCCUGCCUCCCGGAAGGCUUCAGCUGCAGUUUUGCUCAGCACACCGUGUAACUUGCUCAUCCACCCUGACCUCCAGACUCUGUGGAAAUCCUGCAGUGUUUCUUCUACACUCUCUCGUCCCUCCAGGAAGCGACAGGCAAAGAAGGAGAGUGAGCUGAUGGAGAGGGAGAAAGAAAGAGGAGUGGAGAGAAGUCGGGAGUCUAGCAGAGAGGUGAUCAGGGAAUCUGAGGCUGCUCUGGUUCUGUCUGAGAGCUCAGCUGCUUCAGACGUGCCUCUGGAUGUGUCUAAAGGAGACAGGUCUCCGAGUGACCUCAUCACUCCCAACAGCAGAUGGUCUCCGAUUGAAGAGGCUCCUGUUUCUAUGGAGGUUAUAUUAGAAGAGCACGUUGAUCUGCCCCUGGGAGAGGCGGAGCUUGAGAUGAGUGACAUCAUCACCGAGGACUUAUUCAGACUGAUCACUGGCUUCAUCGAGUGCCGUGGUAAGGUCGGCUUUCACUCACUGCUGCCCCCAGAGGCUGACCGCAGCACUGUAGCUCAUCUGUUCUACCAGAUACUGGAGCUGCUCUGUGAUCUAAAGUUAAGUGCCCAUCAGACUGAAGCGUUUGGAGUCAUCACCUUUACCACAGAGCGCUAAACACACACAGCCAACUGCAAAAAUAGAUUCCCCCAAGCAAGUUCACCCUGUUGGAUUGUUUAUGUGUACGCUUUAUGCUGAAACAUAUGAAGUCAGUUCAGAGGUCAGUUUAAAUGCAGUUUGUUGUCUUUUGUUCUACCUAACAGAAAUACACUCAUACAUAAUAUUUUCAAAUUAUGAAUAAUUGUUAUUUUAUAUUUUAUUGUAGAUGAUUUUGCAGAUGAAGUUUUAGCAUUAACGAGUUUAUAUUACAAUAAUUUUAAAGAUGUUUUGACCUUUUAUGAAGUUUAAUGUUCUUUUUUAUUCUAUGUAUACAUGUUUAUAAAUAUGAACUUGUUUAACAUUUUUAUCUAUUUAAUUACUUAAUACAUGUUUGUCAUGGUCUUUUAAAUACAUUUUUUAGCUGUUCUUAAGUUAUGAAGAAAAUAUGUUGAACUUUUCUCAAUAAAAAUUGCUAUUAAAA